CAUUCGAACCCACGGUGAUGGAGGGUCAUGAGGGCGCGAGGGAGGUGCAUAAAGAGUGCAUGAGGAACCACUCGCUGAGGCACGGCGCCGGCUACACCGUGGACGGCUGCUGCAGGUUCAUUCCGGCGUCCGGCGACCGCCAGCUGCAGUGCGGCGCGUGCGGCUGCCACCGCAACUUCCACCGCACGGACUUCUGCAUCGCCGGCACCCCGCCGGAGCGGAGUGAGAGGCGGCGGCCGCGGGCGAGGUUUUCGGAGGAGCAGAAGCAGCGCAUGGCUGGCUGCGCGGAGAGGCUUGGGUGGAAGAUCCCGAGGAGCCGUGCCAGGGCUGGAGGCGAGGAGGAUCAGGUUUCGAGGUUCUGCCGCGGGAUCGGGGUGACCAGGCAGGCGUUCAAGGUGUGGAUGCACAACCACAAGGGCAGCGCCAGUUCUGCUCCAGUAGCGGCGGCAGCACUGGUGGCGUCGUCGGAGGCCACCGCUCGAGGCGGAGCGGCUAUGAACGAAGAAGUGGAGGAGGUGAUCAAGAUCGGGGACGAGGCGAUGGAAGAGGAGGCAAAGGAUCUUGAUUGA